UUAAAAUAUUAAAAUAAAAUUUGUGGGACUAGUGCAACAUACCUAGCAAAAACUUUAAUUUUACCUAUUAUAUUCUGUAUAUGGAAAUUAAACAAUGGAGAUUAAACCAAAACAUAAUAUUGAAUCGCUCUUCGAUUGUGCUCGCCGGCAAGGAACUUAUUUAAAAAUUUGUGCGCCGAUGGUAAGAUACAGCAAAUUAGAGUUUCGAAAUUUGGUUCGCUCAUUUGGAGUAGACUUAGCUUUCACAAGUAUGAUAAUGGCCGAUUCUUUUUGCCGAAGUGAAAAGGCCCGUCUAAAUGAGUUUACUACCAAUGAAGAUGACACUCCGCUAGUUGUUCAAUUCGCCGCUAAUAAUUCGGUGGAUUUUCUUUCAGCCGCUGAAAUGUCAUUCCCAUAUGUUGACGGUGUCGAUUUGAACUGCGGAUGUCCACAACGUUGGGCAAUGUCUGACGGAUACGGUUGUGCCCUGUUAAAGACUCCUGAAAUAAUUGCUGAUAUGUUGGCCACCGUGAGAAGAAAUUUCCCGAGUUCGUUCAGUGUUUCUGUAAAAGUACGGUUACUGCAAAAAUCACUGAAAGCUACAGUGGACAUGUGUCGACAGCUGGAAGCAAGCAAAAUAUCUUUUAUUACAGUUCAUGGAAGGACACCAACAGAAAAUACGAACAUUCCUGUUGAUAAGGAGGCUUUGAAGGAGAUUAAAAAAAGUUUAUCUAUUCCUGUGGUAGUGAACGGUGAUGUAUUUAGUUUACGAGAUGCGGAUAAGAUGUACGAUAUUACAAAUUGUGAUGGUGUCAUGGCUGCACGUGGGAUUUUGUCCAACCCGGCUUUUUUUGCUGGUUACGAGAAAACUCCCCUGGACUGCAUUCAACGAUGGCUUAGCAUCACAGCCCAAGCAGACACCGAUAUAACGUUCCAAGCGCUCCACCAUCAUCUUACUUUUAUGGCACAAACGAUGCUAAGCCGACAACAGCGAAUUGUUUUCAACAACCUUUCCAGAGACAAGCAGUUGGUGUAUGACUUCUUUCGAGAGGAAUUUCAACUGGAACCGCAACCUGUGGAUCAUCCCAGUAAAGUUGUAUGUACGUAUGACGACACUCUAUAUCGGGUGCGGGCCAGAACAAAAACAAACCAUUCUGUUGGAGAUGCCGUCAGUUAUUCGAGUGAGAACACCAAUGGAGCGUUUUUCAAUGACAAAGUUAGUAAUCUAUCUGACGAAGAUAGUCUCGAGGACGUGGAUUUCAUGGAAGGAACUUUGUUCGGUGAUAUUGAAGCAUAGAUAGAA